CAUAUGAAAAUUCAUACCAAAGAGAAACAGUAUCAGUGUUGUAUGUGUCUAGAAAAGUUUUCAGAUAAAUCAUGUUUAUUAGAACACAUGAAAAAUCAUUCUGGAAAGAAACCAUAUCAAUGUUCAGAAUGUCUAAAAGAGUUUUCAGCUAAAUCAGGUUUAGUAAAACACAUGAGAAGUCAUACUGGAGAGAAACCAUAUCAGUGCUCAGAGUGUCUAAAAGCGUUUGCCAGAAAAUAUGUUUUAGUAGAACACAUGAGAAUUCAUACUGGAGAAAAGCCAUAUAAAUGUUCGGAAUGUCUUCAAGAGUUUAACAGAAAACAAAUUUUAUUACAGCACCUGAGGAUUCAUACUGGAGAGAAACCAUAUAAAUGUUCAGAGUGUCAAAAAAAAUUUUCACAAAAAUCUCAUUUAAUACAACACAUGAGAAUUCAUACUGGAGAGAAACCAUAUAAGUGUUCUGAGUGUCUAAAAGAGUUUUCAGAUAAAUCGUCUUCAGUACAACACAUGAGAAUUCAUACUGGAGAGAAACCAUAUCAGUGUUCUGAGUGUCUAAAAAGUUUUUCAGAUACAACUUCUUUAGUAAAAACACAUGAGAAUUCUUACUGGAGAAAAAACCAUUUCAGUGUUCAGAGUGUCUUAAAGGGUUUUCACGAAAAUCUUAUUUAG